AGGCGCCUUUUCUGACGAGUGGAUCUCUCGGAACACAGGUUGAUUAUGUCCGUUUGUAAGACUUCGACCGACCAAAGGUCGGUCAGAACCGCGCUCUUCCUCUGCCUUGUUCAAUGUCAAACUGCCAGCGCCAUGGAGAGCCCAGUAACCACUUCGUUGCCGCGAUCCGGCGUAACAGCUCCCCUUGCAGCUUGCAGGAAGGCGUGCCAACCACGGGGCAAACGGAAUGGCAGAUCCCCAAAGACGGUCCUCCUGAACGAGGUGUCCGGCAUCUCCCACCUAUUCUCUCCCCAGCAAAAACCACACAACGAACAAUCGACAAGAAGCUGUCCAUCGUGACCAGAGUCUGUUGUCCAGAUGAGGGGCCCGACGUGGUUCCGCGCAUGCGAACUUUAACGCCCCGAUGGGCACAUGGAACCCCUCAAUUAGAGACUCCUUCCUCUCCUCCGCCACGACAGCAGAAGUGAGUUAGGAAGCCUCCCAGACCACGAAUCUCCCUUUCGUAAGCACCCUUCUCGCAAGCGUCCGCCUCCAUCCCGCAAGGGACCGAGGUUUCCGACAAGCGGACUGGUGGAAGUAGUCGAGAGCUCGGCGACAUGACCGCGAUGCUUUGCUUCCUCAGCAUAAUAGUACGACUACCAUGCGGGAAAUACCCG